UGGAUAAAAAAAAAAAAAGGGGAUUCCGAAACUAUUAAAAUCAAGUAGCCAGUUACGUCGCAUAGGGCACCGCCCACAAAAUUGUUUUCAUUCUUCCAACAGAUGUCGCUGCAUUCGACACACCUGUAUCAGGUGAAGAUUGCGGGUGGAAGCCAUUUCUUGUGACAGUCUGUAAACUUUUUAAGUGAUUACUGCAACAUUCAUACGUGUUAAAGUUAAUAUACGGAAAAAUUCGGACAGUCAUAGCAAAACCGGUUUUGUGGAGCGUAUUUAGUCACGGCCCGUGUGCUAUUUGAUGGAGCUGAGAAACAAAUGAUUACACGUCUGUGAUGGAUGUGCAGAAUUUUGAGAAGGGCCGUAUCAAGGCUCUUCAGGAUGAGCGGGUGUACAUACAGAAGAAGACCUUCACGAAAUGGGCCAAUGCCUUUCUAGAAAAGGCUCGUCUUGAAAUCAAAGACCUCUUCACCGACUUGGCUGAUGGCAAGAUGUUGAUGAAACUUCUGGAAAUUAUUUCCGGAGAACAUAUAGGCAAACCAAACAAGGGGCUUAUGCGAGUACAGAAAGUGGAGAAUUUAAGCAGAUGUUUGAAAUUUUUAGCUACAAAGGUUUAUUUUGAGAACAUUGGAGCAGAGGACAUAGUGGAUGGAAACCCUCGACUUAUUCUGGGGUUGAUUUGGACAAUUAUUCUCAGGUUCCAGAUUCAGGAGAUUGAAAUUGAAGUGGAUGAAGAAUCUAGUGAAAAACGGUCAGCUAAAGAUGCCUUGUUGUUAUGGUGUCAGAGGAAAACAGCAGGGAAAUCGGGUGUUAGCAGAUAUCCUGGAGUCAAUAUUCAGAAUUUCACAGGCAGCUGGAGAAAUGGCCUGGGAUUUAAUGCUCUUAUUCAUGCCCAUAGACCAGACCUGAUAGACUAUGACCGACUUCAUCCUGAAGAUCACAUUGGCAACCUGAAUAAUGCCUUUGAAAUGGCAUCUAAUGAAUUGGGAAUCCCCAAGAUCCUGGAUGCUGAAGAUGUGGAUGUCAAUCGGCCAGACGAGAAAUCCAUCAUUACUUACGUUGCCUCCUACUACCAUUACUUUGCUAAAAUGAAGAGCGAGAUGACCGGAGGGAAGAGAAUAGCAAAGAUUUUAGGAUUGAUGAACGAUGUGGAGAAAAUGGUAGAUGACUAUGAGACACUAACCUCCAGUCUGUUGGAAUGGAUCUGCAAAACCAUCCAGCAGCUGAAUGACAGGAACUUUCCAAACUCACUGGAUGGGGUCCAGAAAGAGCUGGGGAGAUUCAAGAUUUACAUAACUCAGGAGAAACCCCCAAAGUAUCGAGAAAGAGGGAACAUAGAGGCUCAGUUCUUUAACAUACAAGCCAAGCUGAAGGCUAACGGCCAAAAACUGUAUAGCCCUCCAGAAGGACAACUGAUACACGAUAUAGAGAGUGCCUGGAUUCGUCUCGAGAAGGCUGAGCAUGAGCGAGAGGUGGCACUCCGAGAUGAAAUGAUUAGACAAGAGCGUCUUGAGCAAUUGAAUGAGAGAUUCCAGAGAAAGGCGGAGAUUCGUGAAUCCUGGUUAAAUGACAUGAGUAUGAUCUUGGAUGAAAACAUUGUUGCCAACAACUCGUCACAAGCAGAAGCAGCCAUUAAAAAACAUGAAGCUAUUAGUGCUGAAAUCCUGGCCAGGGAGGACAGAUUUCAGUCCUUAAACAGUUUGGCCAAAGAACUAGUGGAAGGGAACUUUCACGCCAAAGAUCAUGUUCAAGUCAUGGAUCAAACAAUAAUGAGAAAAUGGCGUGAAUUGUUGGACAAACUGGAGGGAAGGAAGAAUCUUUUGUCAGGCUUUAAGAACACCAUGAACAUGUUCAGAGAAAUCGAGAACAUUCAGGAGGAGCUGACAGAGAUUGAGACAAAAGUGACUGUAAAAGACACAGGAAAACACCUCCAGGCCACAGAGGACUACCUACAGCAGCACAGCUUACUGGAGACACAGCUGAAGUCCCUGUCUAAGAGAGUCCGAAACCUCAACAGGAGGUCCAAACAGAUAGAACCCAGUCACCAGGAGGGAGGUGUACUGGAAAAGAGGCUGGAGGACCUCAAUAGGGACCUCGACAGGGUAAAUGGUAAGAGUGAAGAGAGAAAGAAGGCGCUAGAGGUGGUGAAGAAGUAUUACCAGUUCCUACAGGAUGCUGAGGAGGAAGAGAGGUGGGCCCAGGAGAGGAUCGAUAACUGUCGCUCCACUAACACUGGAAAGGACCUCAAUGCUGCACUGAUGCUGCUCAAAAAGCAUGAGGCUUUGGAAGCAGAGAUGCAUGGUCGUUGGCCUCGUUGUGAGGCAAUCUGUGCCACAGGCCAAGAUCUGGUCAACAGUGGUCACGGAGCUUGGGCUGAGAUCGGGACUAAAAUUAAUAACCUGAUGGACAAAUGGAAAUUGCUGCGAGACCGAGCAGCUCUUAGAAGAACAAAGAUCGAAGACGGAAUAGAAGCACACCAGUACUAUGCAGAUGCCAGUGAAGCGGAGCUCUGGAUGAAGGAGAAAAUGCCAUUGGUUACAAGUAAUGAUUAUGGAAGGGAUGAAAUGGGGUCAAAGGCUCUUCUCUCUCGACACAAUCGUUUGGAAGGAGAAAUCCGCAGCUUCCGAACAGAGAUCAAACGCCUGGAUGAAUUGGCACAGCUAAUGACCAAGGCAGCCAAUGAACAUAAUAUCUCCCCUGAGAAAUUUAUGCCACAAGAAAAUGGAGAGGAGUCGGAUGAGGAGCUGGUGGAGGAGGUGGUUGAAGUUCCUCAUGAAAUCGAGGCUGAGGAAGUCCGGGAACGCGAGGUUAUGCAGGAUGUCGUCGAAACCCGCAAAAUUCCACAGGUCAAGGCCAUGUAUGCCUACAAAGGACAGGGGAUGAAGAUCGAGAAAGGGGAGAUCAUGCUUUUGGUGCAGAGGACUAACUCCGACUGGUGGCAGAUCAGAAAGAUGGAUGGUACAGAAGGGUUUGUACCGGCAAAUUAUGUCAAGGAGGUGGAACCAAAGGUCACCCAAAAGGUAGUCCAUCGCCCCACCAAAGUUUCGGAGAAAGUCCUUGUCAAGAAAACUGUUAUGAAGAAGGAGGUGGUUCAAAAGAAGAAGGAGAAAUCCAGCAAGCUCAGAAGAGCUCCUUCAGUGAGAUCAAAGGCAAACCUACAUUUUGACAAGGAAAAUGUGGACAAACGACAAAAACAAAUAAAUCUCACCUACAAUAAGCUUGUUAAAUUGGCUCAGGCUCGACGCAUUGCAUUAGAAGAUGCCAUGAGAUUAUUUAAAUUCUUCCGAGAGUGUGAUGAAUUUGAAACUUGGAUGAAAGAAAAGGAAAUACUACUGACUAAUAAGGAAAGCUUGUCUGAUAAUAUGGAAGCAGUCAAAAAGAAGUUUGAGAACUUGUUGACCAAUCUUGCUGGAAACAAAGGACGUCUGGACGAGAUUAAUAGUUUGGCCGAGGAGAUAGUGAAGUCUGGAAGUGGGCAGAGCAAGCAGGUCCAAGUCCGACAAAAGGAAAUAAAUGACAGAUGGAAUCGUUUGAUGAAGCUGAAAAUGGAGAAAGAGAAAAACCUGCAAGGAGCAUCAAGUAUUGAGAUGUUCCAGUCUACCUGUGAUGAGCUGGAUGAUUGGAUAAAAGAAAAGGACAAUACACUGUCUUCAUAUGAUGUUGGAAAGGAUCUGAAAGGCAUUGAGGCAGCCCUGAGGAGACACACAAAUUUAGAAAGAGAAUUGGUACCGGUGGAAGAUAAAAUGAAAAGGAUGAACUUCCUUGCUGACUCUGUGAGAGCAUCUUAUCCUGAUGAAAAGGAUUAUGUUGACCAGAGACAAAAGGAACUACAGGACCUUUGGAACUCAUUACAGGAUAAAGCUGCAGACAAGAGAAGGAAAUUGGAGGAUUCUGAAGAAGUCCAGAAGUUUAAUAACGAUGCCAAAGACCUGGGCAUGUGGACAAGUGCUACCAAAGCAAAACUCCAGAAUGCCGAGAUGCCCCGAGAGGUACAGAUGGCUGAAAUCAUGAUCCAGGAACACCAAGAAAUAGGAGAGGACAUCAAAGCUCACAAGCCAAAGUUUGAGGAUAUAAGAAUUCUGGGUAAAAGCAUAUUGGACAAAGACCCCGAGGUGACUGACGUGAAGAGCAAACUUGAGAAGCUGGGUGAGGAUGAAGAAGUGAUUGACAAAAUGUGGGCAGACAGAAACCGACAACUUCAGCAUGCAUAUGAAUUACAGUUUUUUAACAAAGAGGCUGACAACAUUGAUUCCGUAUCCAGUGGCCAUGAGAAGUUCUUGGAGUUUGCUGAUCUUGGGGAAACGGUGGACGAUGUGGAAACUUUAUUCAAACGUCACGAAGACUUCGAAAAUACGUUAGUCGUACAGGAUGAGAAGUUGAAAGAUUUAGAUGAAAUGGCAAACAAAAGGAUAGCAGAGAAGCAUCCAGAUAAGGAUCAUAUUGACAAGAGAAGAAACGAAGUGCUAGGGAGGAGACAGAAAAUAAAGGAGAGAGCAACAGACCGACACAAUGCUUUACUGGCAGCGCAAGGCUUCCAGGAAUUCAAGAGGGAUGCCGAUGAACUCUCUGAUUGGAUAAAAGAAAAAUACAAAACAGCGACAGAUGAGUCGUACAGAGAUUUGGCAAAUCUCCAGGAGAAGCUGAAGAAACACCAAGCCUUCGAAGCUGAAAUCAAGGCCAACAAUGAACGCCUCCAAGACUUGAAUAAUAGGGGUGACGGAAUGGUGAAAGAUGGUCAUUAUACCUCGCCAGAAAUCCAGGAAAUUCUACAGGACCUCAACGUUCAGUGGUCAGACAUGUGUGAAAAGGCUAAAGACAAGGGAGACAAACUACAACAAGCUGCGGCCCAAGAAACACUUAACAAGGCUCUCGCUGAUGCACAGGCCAAGUUGGAUGAAAUGGAGAAAUCAGUCGCUAAUCCUGACCUUGGCUCUGACCUGCGUGGGGUCAAGGACUUGCUCAAGAAGCACCAGAACCUGGAAAAUGAACUGGUGGUUUUGUCAGAUCAGAUUUCUUCCAUUGUGUCACAGGGACAGGCCCUGGCUCAGUCCGGACAUUUUGAUAAAGCCAAUAUCCUCAAGGCAGUGGAAGAUUUCAACAAGAGAUUUGGGAAGUUGAAACCUGCAGUGGAAGAAAGGAAGAACAAAUUACAGGAUUCCCUGCACUUUUACCAGUUUAAGUUUGAUGUGGAUGAAGAAGUGCAGUGGAUAAAGGAGAAACUACCCGCUGCUGCAUCAGCGGACUACGGAAAGAGUUUAGUGGAUGCCCAGAAUUUUCAGAAAAAGCAUCAGAAACUUGAUCUGGAGAUUCAUGGCCACCAGCCAAUUGUAGAACGGGUAUUAGCCACUGGUGACAAGCUGAUCGACCAGAAACAUUACAAUGGUAAACAAAUCAAGGACAAAUGCCAGGAGCUCCAGGUGUCCUGGGAUGAUCUCCUCAACAAGAGCAAGAUCCGGAAAAAAAACCUGGAUCUAUCCGUUCAAAUCCAGAAGUAUUUGAAUGAUGUGGAGGAGCUGGAAAAUUGGAUAAAUGAUAAAAUGGCACUGGCCACUAGCAAGGACUAUGGCAAGGACGAAAACUCAGCCGACAAGCUUCUGACAAAGAACAAGGUAUUGGAGACAGACAUCCAGACUUACCAGGGAAUUGUGACAGGGCUUGGUAAAGAGGCCCAAAGGUUGUUCAAGAUUGGCUGCCAAGACCCUGCCACUCUACGGAAGGCACAGGACAGUCUCCAGGAGCAUUUGAACAAGUUGAAGAGACUGGCUGCUGACAGGACUCAUGAGCUGGAAAUGUCAAAGUGGCUGCAUGCCUACAACAGAGAAAGCAGAGACUUUGAGGAGUGGAUCGACGAUCAGAUGCAGCUGGCGGCCUCGGAGGAAUACGGAUCUGACUAUGAACAUCUCGUUAUACUAAGGAACAGAUUUGAAGAAUUCAAGCGGACGGUAGAGGCUGGCACAGAGAGGUUCAACAGAUGUGAGAGACUUGCGAAAUGGCUGUUAGAAGACAAAACGCAGUAUGAAGAUGAAGUCAAAGAGAGACAGGCUCAUCUUAGGGAGAAAUGGAACCAACUUUUGGAGCAGAUUGAGAAUCGAGACCAGAAGAUGUAUGGUGCCGGAGAGAUCCACAGGUUCAAUAGAGAUGUAGAGGAUGCUCUCACAAGAAUCCAGGAGAAAUACUCCAGUAUACCCGAAGACCAGGGCAGAGACCUUUUCGCAACCCAGAGCUACCUCAAGAAACAUGAGAGAUUUGAAAAUGAACUGGUGGCAUUAGAGGCACAGUUACAAGUCCUGAUUGAGGACUCUACUAGACUUCAGCAGACUUACCCCGGGGAGAAUGCAGAGCAGAUAGAACAGCUGCAAGCCACAGUGGUAGAGAACUGGGGAAUUUUACAGGACAGGGCCAUUCAGAGGAAAGAGGAACUGGUCAAUACAAUGGACUUACACCGUUUCCUGGCCGACGUGAGAGAUCUGAUGGGUUGGGCCAAUGAAAUUGAGCAGGAAAUGACAUCAGACAAGACAGCACGAGAUGUGUAUGGAGUAAACAUCAUUAAGACACGCCAUGAGGAGCUGAAAGCGGAAAUAGAUGCUCGGACAGACACCUUCACUGCGAUCAUACAAACUGGAGAGGAAAUGAUAAACAAUGACCACUACGCCAAGGCAGAGAUUGAAGAAAAGGUUAAGUUGGUUACAGAUACUCAGGAUAGACUGCGGCAGGUGUGGGAUGAGAGGCGAGACAUGUACGAACAGCUGUACGAUUUCCACACAUUCCUCAGGGACGCUCAGCAGUUAGACACCAUCAGCUCUUCUCAAGAGGCUUACUUGGCCAGCUGCGAGUUUGGCAGUACAGUGGAUCAGGCUGAAGCCCUCAUCAGGAAGCAUGAUGCGUUCGACAAAGUCCUGGAAGCACAGGAAGACAAGUUGGAAGCUCUGUCGGCCCAUGGUCUGAAAAUGGUGGAAAACAAGCAUUUUGAAGCACCUAAGAUAAAACAAACAAUUGAUGAUGUCACAGGAAGGAGAGGUAAUCUUAUGGCCCAAAGCAAAUCCAGAGAACAGAAACUGAAUGAUUCCCUUUUGUAUGCUCAGUUCAACAGAGAUGUGGCAGAGGCUGAAGGAUUGAUCGAUGACAAGUUGAAAGUGGCAUAUGAGGAUGACUUUCAAGAUGUCACAGCCUUACAAGACAAGAUUAAGAAACUACAGAAGCAUCAAGCCUUUGAGGCAGAAAUUUUGGCCAACACAGACCAGAUCACUAAGAUUAAAGAGGAAGGAGAUGUUUUGCUGAAAAAGAAACACCCAGAAUCGGACAAAGUGAAACAAAGUCUACAGAGGCUGAAUUCCAAGUGGAACGAGCUCCUGCAAGCCUCAAACAACCGAGGAAAGGGCCUGGUGGAGCUGAAGGACAUCCUCAUGUUCAAUGAGCAAGUGGAUAAAGUGGAAAUGUGGAUGAGAGAGAAAGAAGCUUUGGUCAGUGCAGGUGACAUGGGGAGAGACUAUGAACACUGUCUGGAGCUCCAGAAGAAGGCCAAUGACCUGGAAUCUGCAGGUAUUACUGUGGAUGAUAAACGGAUAGCAGACAUCAAUGCUCUGGCAGACAAACUGAUAUCCCAGGGGAGAACAGACACAAAUGCUGUCAAAGAGAAGCGUAACUACCUUAAUCAAAAAUGGAAAGAAGUGAACAUUGAUUUGGAAAACUACAAAGAGAAUUUGUCGUGUGCUUUGGAGAUCCAUUCAUUCAACCGUGAUGUAGACGAGAUGUUGGACAGGAUUAACGAGAAGGCUCUGUUGUUAUCUAGUGAGGACCUCGGCAAGGACCUCCCGAGUGUGGAGGCCCUCCAGAGGAAGCAGGAAGAGGUGGAGAGAGACAUGACCGCCUUACAGAACCAGCUCGAGAAAAUGGAGUCCCUGGAGAGUAAGCUAUGUAGGAAAUAUCCGGACAAGGCUGAGGCUAUUCACCAGAAACAGCAGGAGGCCCAGGACAACUGGGAGAAGCUGGAGGAAUUGUCGGACAACAGGAAACAGAAACUGUCUGAUUCUUAUCAGUUACAGAAAUUUCUUGCGGACGCCAGGGAACUGGUCUCCUGGUCCAGUGAGAUGGUGCAGAGAAUGAACGCGGCAGAGUUAGCGAAAGAUGUUCCCGAGGCCGAGAGUAUGCUUCAAAUUCACCAUGAACGCAAGGCUGAGAUAGAGGGAAGGAAGUCUCAUUUUGCUGCUGUGCGUGAACACGGAAACAGACUGGUCGAGAAGAAACACUAUUCAUCAGAAGAGAUCCAGAAAAUGACUGGUCAGCUGGAUCACACCAAACUAAUGCUGAACGCUGCGUGGGAUAAACGAAAUCAUCUCCUUACUCAGUGUCACGACUUACAGGUUUUCAAAGAAACAGCAGAACAGGCAGAAUCGUGGAUCUCCUCCAAAGAAGUCUUCCUUGCCAAUGAAGAUUUAGGCAAUAAUUUACACAGUGUAGAAGCACUUCAGAAGAAACAUGAUGGAUUUAUAAAAACAUCACGGAAACAAGUAGAUAAAAUCGAGGACUUGAAACAAUUUGCAGAAAACCUGAAAACCCAAGAUCACUAUGCUUCUAACGAAAUUACAGAAAGGUGCCAGGAAGUUUUGAAUCGGUGCAAUGCAUUCUGGGAGCAUUGUGAGGCUCGUAGAAAGAAACUGAAUGAUUCAAGAAACUACCAGUUAUUCUUGAGGAAUUUGUAUGAAGUGACUGGAUGGAUAAAUGAAAAACUGCAGGUGGCCCUGGAUGAAUCAUACCGGGAUCCUACUAACCUACAGGCCAAACUCCAGAAACACCAGGCAUUUGAAGCGGAGGUGACGGCCAAUAGGAACCGGGUGGAUGCCGUGGUAGAGGAAGGAAAAGGAUUGGUUGAUAAUGACCAUUACGCAAAGACGGACAUUCAGAAACGAAUAGAAGAGCUGGAGUUAAGCUGGGAGGCAUUAAUGGCAGCCAGUGCUGAGAAGAAGGACAGACUGCAGGAUGCCUAUCAGGCUCUGAUGUACAACAGAGUUGUAGAUGAUUUGAUGUCAUGGAUGGAUGAUGUUGAAUCUCAGCUCAUGUCGGAGGACCAUGGGAAGGAUUUAUACUCUGUCAAUAAAUUACUCAAAAAACACCAGCUGUUGGAACAAGAUAUAGCUAACCACAAAGAAAAGGUUCAGGAUGUUCAAGAUGCCGCCCAUGUGUUCAAAGAAGCCAAACAUUUCAUGAACAAAGAACUCCAAGCCCGAGCCAAAGUUGUUCAAGAAAAAUACGAGUCCCUCUCGGAGCCAGCCACGAUUCGACGGGACAACCUGGAGGAUGCUUUACUGAUGUAUCAGUACUACAGAGACGUGGAAGAUGAGUUGUCAUGGAUACAGGAAAAACUACCUGUGGCAGCCUCUACUGACCUUGGGAACUCACUGACUGCCGUCCAAAAUCUUGUGAAAAAACAUCAGGCUUUGGAAUCUGAGAUCGUUGCCCAUGAGCCUUUGAUUGAGUCAGUAGCCACAGCAGCCCAGAGAAUGAUGCAGGCCAAACACUUUGCUUCAGACAACAUCAAAGCCCAGCUAGACAAACUGCAGAUUGAACUUCAUCAACUUCAGGAAUUAACAAUGGAACGUAAAGUCAAACUCCAGGCAUCGUUGGAAUCUCAAACAUUCUAUGCCGAGAUUUCUGUGGCCGAGUCCUGGAUGGGUGAGAAGAUACCUCUUCUGAGUAGUCCGGACUAUGGCAAGGAUGAAGACGGUGUUCAGAUAAACCUGAAGAAAAUGGACACUUUAGAGAGAGACAUUGAGAUCUUCAGCAGCAACAUUGCCGAGUUGGCAGCAUUAAGCAGAAGUUUGGUGGAGAAGGAACAUUUUGACAUGGAGAACAUAAAGAAGCAGCAGACAUCUGUGGAGCAGAAGUACAGCUCCCUGCAGGACCUGGCCAGUCAGAGGAGGAUCAAACUUCUGGAGACCAGGAGACUGUUCGAGUUUUACAGGGAGGCUGACGAUGUCACCAACUGGAUCACUGACAAGGUUGUGAUUGCAUCGUCAGAAGAUUAUGGGCAGGAUCUAGAGCAUGUUGAGGUUCUGCAGCAGAAGUUUGAGGACUUCCUUCAUGAUCUGAACAGUAGUGAAGAAAGGGUCACAAAUGUCACUGUCAUGGCAACAGAAAUGAUAGAGGCCAGCCAUUUUGAAUUGGAAGCAAUAAAAAAGAGGUCGUCCGAGGUGACUCAACAAUGGAAUGAUUUGAAGGAGGUGGCCAAGGCUAGACAGGAGGCUCUAGCUGCAGCUAAGGAGGUACACAUGUAUGGACGCGAUGCAGACGACACUUUGGACUGGAUUCAGGAGAAGGAAGGGGUAGUUAGUGCUGAGGAUUAUGGACAUGACCUAGAAUCUGUCCAGUCACUUAUGAGCAAGCAUGAGGGCUUUGAGCGGGAUUUAGCUGCUAUUAGUGAACAAGUGGAGUCAAUCACCAAAGAAGCUGAGCGUUUGAUUGGUCAAUAUCCGGAUGCCCAGGAGCAUAUAGCAGUCAAACAUGAGGAGAUGGUACAGUGCUGGAACGUCCUGGUGGAGAAAGCGUCCCAGAGGAAGGAGAAGCUGCAGCAAGCAGACCAGCUACAGCUAUACUUCAAUGACUAUAGAGAGCUACAAGCGUGGAUAAGCGAGAUGAUGGCUAUUAUUUUGGCGGAAGAGAUAGCCCGAGACCUGCCUAAUGCUGAGUUGAUGAUGACCAGAUGUAAAGAACACAAAGCAGAAAUAGACAGUCGGCAGGAGGCGGUCAAUAAGUUCUUGGAGACAGGGAAAAUUAUGAUUGAAAAUGGACACUUCCUGUCAGAUGAGAUAAAAGAGAAAGUAACAGACUUGAACACUGCCUGGGAGGCAUUGCUUAAGACGUUUGAACAGUAUCAGGAGCUGUGUGAACAGAAUCUGGAGGCUCAGCAAUUACGGCACGAGAUGGAACAGCUCGAGGCGUGGAUGAACAUCCGCGAGCCAAUGAUGAAAGAAAAAAAUGUCGGUGAGAAUAUCCAGGGUGUGGAGGAGUUACUACGGCGACAGGAUGACUUUGAGAAAACGGUCGAUGCUCAGUCGGAGAAAUUCAAUGCAAUCUGUCGGCGAACACAGCUGGAAAAAUCAUUGCUGGAUCAGAAACAGCAACAGGCAUUGGCUGAAAUACAACAGAAGGAAAUCGAGCGCAUGGAUGAGAUCCGGAAAAGAGAACAGGAGAGGAUCCUAGAGGAGAGAAAGCGAGAGGAAGAACAGCGGAAAGCCAGAGAGGUGCUGCUGAGGAGACAGAAAGGUGCCGACUCCUCCGAAAGCGACGAGGACAAAAAGGAUGACCGCCUAGACACUAGUACAGUCAAGAAUUUGAUUGGUCGAUCGACCAGCAGAGCCGAAGUAAAACGUGCCAUCAGCUUCAAGCAGCGUGGGGAAGGAACCACCUCCCCACCACCAGUGUUACAGAAAGCCUAUGAAUUCCGGCAAGGCGAGGGAAUCGUCAAUCUGAAUGACAAUGUUACAUCUACAAACAUUGAAACUGUCACCCCAACAGAGGAAGAGGCGCCACAUUUACCAGAAAUGCCACCACCAGAGAUACAGGUGGCGCCUACGACAACCACUACUAGUGACUUGCAUAAAAAGGAGAAAUUAACUCCCCCUGUAAGCCCGAAACAAAAACGCAUUGAACAUUUAAAGGAUGACGAUAAAAAGAAAAAGAGGACUCCUAGUUUUAAUUUAAGAAGAAGAACAAGAAGUUUUAAGGACAAGUAUAAGCUUCCAGAAAACUUACCUCCAUCAGAUUUUGAGGGAUGUGUGGAGAGGAAAGUGGAAUCGCAGAGCGGAGGAAAGCGUGCCACAAUACGGUCCUGGAAGAAUUAUUACAUGGUUCUAUAUAGACAGAUUCUAGUGUUCUACAAAGAUAAGGAGGCUGCUAUGGAGAAUAUUCCAGCCACCCCUCCUGUGUUCCUCCAUAAUGCAUACUGUGAUGUAGCUUCGGAUUACCACAAAAAGAAACACGUCCUCAGACUACGGAGUGCGGAUGGAGCGGAGUCGUUACUGGAGGCAGCUUCUGAAUCCGACAUGAGAGAAUGGAUCAGUAAAGUCCAAUAUUAUGCAGUUCAGACCCCAUCGCACUCUGACUUGGAAUUUUUUCAUAGUUCCGAACAACCACCUGAGGAUAGCGUUGGAGAUGAUGGAGCUCAAGCACCUGAUGAACAUCAUGCAGCUGUUCUACACAGAUCAGCCAGUCCAGAGGGCGAGCGGGGGCGCAGUGUGUCUCCAAUGGCAGCACAUCGAGAAUCUCAGGAAUUCAAUGAGGAGGAGGUCGCCCAGUUCAUGGCCAGUAAACACUCCCCAGACAAGGGGUCACCAAUCCCCAGUCACGUAGCAGGUCCACAGAGUGACACAGUGGAACGGUCAGGGAGCUUUCGUGCUGAAAAUAACACAACUCCUGUACGUCAGCGGACAGCCAGUGGGGGCAGUCAUCACCAGUCCUCAGGAGAGGAGGACCGUAGUAAUUCACCAGUAUCUCCCCCACAUAAUGGAGGACACGGAGGGAUGAAUGGCGAUGAGGAUCAGUUCACAGAUGACAUUAAGAAGAGGAUGAAGAAUUCUCCCAAGAAGGAGCGCCCAAUGUCGGAGCCUGUGAUGAUGAUGGACGAUCAUGAGGGAGGAGACAGGGAGGAGAAGAAAAAGAAGGGCAUGUUUAGUCGCUUCAAGAAAAAGAAGGACAAAGACCACGAAGAACACAAAAAGCACAAGAAAGACAAGAAAGCAGAGGCGCACUAGUGUUCACUAGGAAAACCACUCAGACGACCCUAUCCCAAAGGCCUCCCACAAACAUGGAUGCACAAUGUCAAAAUGAGGCUACUACUAUGAAGAAAAUGUUCCAGAAUUCCUCAUUAGUAAACCUCUGAAGGGUUAAUUGGUUUAUAUAUUGAACAAUUUAUCAAUACCUCUUUAUAUACUAUAGUUCUUGUACUUAAUUAAUGACACAUGUGCUAUCAGACCAAAUUUGAAAUGGAGAGUAAAAUCCAAGAUACAUUUGAUAGUAGCAAUUCAUGAUGGUCUAGUAACACUUAUGUAAUGAUUUUAAAUGUCAAGAUUUUUGUGUUACACUAUAUCAAACUACAUAUUGGGCUGAAAACAACACCUUUUGUUGACCAAGAUCUCGUAUAUGCUUAUCUGUGAUUGUUAACAUAAGGUUUGAAUUUGAAUCCCUUUGUUGCUUGUUUAUGUUAUUUUUGUUCUGUUUUAUAUAAUUAUAUACAUUUAAGCUGUUUUGUAUGCGCAUAAAUGUGGCUUCAUGAGCAAAUUAUAUUGGCUUCCAGUUCCUAUAAAUACAUAUCAUUAUGCAGUUCUGUAUGGCCAGUAAUGUUUGGUUGUACAGUCGGAUUCUAUAUUUUCAAUACACAAAAUUGUUAUUCUUAUGGAUUUAAAAAUUUAUAGCCUAUUUCGACAUAGAUAUAUUGUUUAUGAGUUGUUUGCAAAAAGUCUCCUGUACUUUACAUUUAUGUUUUGAAGAGUUUUAUAUUCAAAAGCUUUGGUUGUUUGCUCCAUACCUCAUUCCGGGCAUAUUCAAUGUUCUGCUUUUAUGUUAUAUUUUUGUAUCAUCUGUACCUAGAUGUAUGCUACUGUACUCAGAAUGCAGUGCUUCCAUUUAUGGAUUCUUUCUUUGUUUCUAAGGAAGCUGCUGUUAAAAUGAUGCAUGAAUAUGCAAAAACGUUUUGCAAAAUGGGAUGUAAUAUAUAUUUUGUGUAUUUGGGAGCACGAGAUUUGGCAGUAAAAAGUCUAGCAGAUGUGUCUUUACAGAUCAGAUUUGUCUCCACAGUGUGUUAAAGUGCUUCCCAUAUUGUCAUGUCAUCCAAUUACCGACUUCCAGAAUUGUAGAGUUUUGAAGAAAAGGUUGUAAUAUUAGACAGAAAUGUCUGAGGAAUUGGUAUUUCUGAUUAGACCAUGGUUUUCUCCAGCAUUAAAUUGUCUACAAAAAAUAUGUGCAAUGCAAUCUAGAGAUCUGAUUUUGCUUCUAUUCAUGUUCAAACUAUAGAUGUACUCAAAUACUCUGGUUUAUUUCUUAUCAAGUAGAAUGAAUUAGCUUUUUAUGGAACAUAGUUGUUGUGUAGCCAAGAGCAAUACAUGUGUGAAUUUUUGUUCUAUUUUAAAUAUUCAUAGAAUGUUGAAUCACAUUAUCUUGUAAAUAUGCUGCAUUAAUAUAUAUAUGUGAAAGAGACUUCAGACUAGUGUACAGAUUGUCCUGGUCUCAUUAGUAGACUUUGUGGGGUUCGAUAAGAAUUGGAUUUGUAAUAUAAGUUGAACAGUUGUAGAGUUAGAAUUCUGUAGUUGUUAGUGUUACAAAUGACAUUUAGUGAAAAUGAUAAGAAAUUCAGAAUGUGUAAAAAUACUUGCUUCAUCAGUAUAGAAGUGUAUCAUUGAUCAACUAACAUCAUGUUUUAUUUUCAAAGUAUAUAUUAUAUAAAAUUUAUAAAUAUUUAUAUUAAAAUAAUGAAUCCAU